AUGCCACCUUCCCCGCCCCCAACCCUCCUCCUUUCCGUCCUUGGCCCCCCAGGCUCAGGAAAAGGAACUCAAUGCUCCCUCCUAACCGCCCGCUACCCCCAAAUCUUUACACACCAUCUGAGUAUGGGCGACGUGCUUAGAGACGAGGUGCGCGAUCCGGAGAGUCCGUAUAAAGCAGUUCUAGAAGAGAAUCUUCGAGAAGGGAGACUAGGCGCGAAGGAGAUGGUGUGUGGGAUUAUAGGACGGGCUAUUCGGGGAGCAAUAGAUGGAGAGGAGGCGAGGAAAGGAAGGGGGAUUGUGUUACUUGACGGUUUCCCCCGUAAACUCGACACGGCGGAGUACUUCCAGGACACUGUUGCUCCUAUCCCCAUUUUGCUCGUGAUCCAGUGCACGACGGAUAUCUUGGAGACAAGACUUGCAGCGCGUAAACGCGAGGACAACGACGUGGAUACGAUUCGUAAGCGGAUUGCGGUGUAUGAGGAGGAGACGGCGAAGGUGGUGCAGAGGUUUGAAGAGGAUGGGAAGAGCGUGGUGAGGGUUGAUGGGGAUGGGGAUGUUGAGGAUGUUGCAAGGAAUGUGUUUAGGGGGUUGGAGGGUGUGCUUUCUUUGCGUGGGUAUGGGGUUUGCUAGGUGAGGUAUUUGGGGGGGAAAGAUGGGGGUGUGGGUAACGGAUGAUUCAGUGAGUAGGUUGGGGCUGGCUCUAGCAGC